CGCGACGCAGGGAUCAGCUCACAAAGCAAAACGCACUUAAUUCCAGUUAGAGAUCUCGAUUGCUGAGUAUAUUUUUUCUAAAAUGCACGCCGCCGAAACAUUCGGACUCUGCUUCCUCAUUCUCUUCGUCCAGUCAGGGUUUGCGCUGGAGUGUCACACGUGCAAUUCGCACGAAGACAAGGGCUGCGAGAAGGAGGUGUUCAAGCCAGUCUCGUCGACGCAGGAUUCCAAGAACUGCGAUGAAUCGCUCAAGAAAACUAUCGAGAAGGCGCAGAACAUCCUCUUUCCGGAUUUCUUCGCGUUCCCAUAUGAAGCUCUCAACCCAACUAGUGCCACGUCCAACGACAUCUGCUUCAAGAUAACCAUUGCAGCCAAGGAUCGAAAAAAUAAGGUGACCUUCCGGGGUUGCUCAGUGCUGGGCUCGUACACCUGCUCGAUUCUCGGUCCUCUCAUACUAAACACGAACUCCACGGUUGAGGGCUGUCACGAGUGCUCGGAGAAGAACCUGUGCAACGACGCCAGGGCCACCCUCCCCGUCUUCUCCGCCUACCUAAUGGCCACCCUUGCUAUCAUGCUCUAUGCUAAAUUCUGAAUAUUAGCACCAAAACCUAUUUUAAUACAUAUAUUUCAAGACAAAUCUAACGUCAUUCACCAAUAAUGUGUUUCAUGAAUGGAUUCAAAAUUUUGUCUAUUUCCAUUUCAAAAUAUGAAAUUUCGUAAUUGAUAAAAUUUUCGACCUAUUGUUUAAUUAUUUCAGUUCUAAAGAGCGAUGUAAUGUGUGAAGAAAAUAUUGAAGGAUAAAUAAAUUGGAAUGAUUUGUACAAAAUCGAAAUAAAAGUAAUAAUGAAUUAUUUAAUGAAAAUUAA